AUGUAUCAACUGCGUCCCAUCAAAGGCACCGUGCGGAAAGGCCCUCAUAUUACCCGCGCUGUUCCUAAGCAUGCGCUCAAGGGUAGCCGGAAAGAAGUAGCCGAUGAUCUGCAUGGAGCCGUCGGGGAGAAUAUGGAAGUUAAACAGGUCUACACUGUGGACGAAUACAAGACAAUAUGGCAGCUUCCACUAUGCUAA